AUGGGUUCAUCUCCGGCACCAUUGCCUCCUUCCAGUCCUACCGCUUUGGGCUCAUCUCCCCCACCAAUCCCCUUUGACAUGGGAGAUGAAGACGAAGAAGAAGACAGAGGAAUGGUCCAUGAUAUUGAUGAUAUUGACGAAUUGGCCGAAGAUGAAGACGGCAUUGAUCUGUUCGGCGACAAUUUCGAGCGUGAUUACCGCGACGCAGCGCAGGAUCGCUACGAAAAUGAAGGAUACAUUGAUGACGAUGGCGACCACGAAGAGAUUGAUGCAGGCGCCCGCCGCCAAUUAGAUGCUCGAUUGAACCAGAGAGACCGCGAAUUGGCACGUCGACGCCGCAUGCCCGCAGCAUUUUUACAAGAUGAUGAAGAUAUGGACAUGGACCUGUCGCGCCAACCUCGACGACGCAGACACCAUUAUGAUGAGGAUCCCCAGGAUAUCGACAUGGGCGACGAGGGCAUGGAAGAAUUAUCGCUUGAAGAGUUAGCGGACGUGAAGGCAGCCAACAUUACAGACUGGGUCACCCAGCCCCAAGUGCUGCGCUCCAUCUACCGUGAAUUCAAGGCAUUCCUCACAGAAUUUAUUGAUGCCAGUGGUCAGUCUGUUUACGGUAACCGCAUCAAGCUCCUGGGUGAGGUUAACUCAGCAUCGCUUGAGGUGUCAUACGCCCAUCUGAGUGAGACCAAGGCCGCUCUCUCAUAUUUCCUCGCCAACGAACCCACCGAAGUAUUGAAGGUCUUCGAUCAGGUCGCCCUCGACGUCACACUCUUCCACUACCCUCAGUACCAUGAGAUCCACAACGAAAUCCACGUCCGUAUCACCGAUGUGCCCAUCAUUUACACCCUCCGUCAGCUGCGCCAGUCGCACCUCAACUGUUUAGUUCGUGUCAGUGGUGUCGUCACUCGCCGAACCGGUGUCUUCCCGCAGUUGAAGUACAUCAUGUUCCUUUGCACAAAGUGUGGCAUGUCACUGGGUCCGUUCCAGCAAGAAGCCAGCGCGGAAGUCAAGAUCUCUUUCUGCCAGAACUGCCAGUCUCGUGGCCCCUUCACAGUCAACUCUGAAAAGACAGUCUACCGCAACUACCAGAAGUUGACUCUGCAGGAAUCACCUGGCUCAGUUCCCGCAGGUCGUUUGCCGCGCCAGCGUGAGGUUGUUCUACUUGCCGAUCUGAUUGAUAACGCCAAGCCUGGUGAUGAAAUCGAGAUCACCGGUAUCUACCGCAACAGCUACGAUGCCCAGCUCAACAACAAGAACGGCUUCCCUGUUUUCGCUACUGUCAUCGAGGCCAAUCACGUCGUCAAGGCCCAUGAUCAGAUGGCUGGUUUCAACUUGACCGAAGAUGACGAACGUGAAAUUCGGGCGCUUUCCCGUGACCCGGAAAUUGUUGACAAGAUUGUUCGUUCCAUGGCUCCUAGUAUCUACGGCCACCAGGAUGUCAAGACUGCUGUCGCACUUUCACUCUUUGGUGGUGUUAGCAAACAGGCUCAAGGAAAGAUGAACAUUCGUGGUGACAUCAACGUUCUUCUACUUGGUGACCCCGGUACUGCCAAAUCGCAGGUGCUCAAAUAUGUGGAGAAGACAGCGCACCGAGCCGUCUUCGCUACUGGUCAGGGUGCUAGUGCUGUCGGUUUGACGGCCAGCGUUCGUCGUGACCCUCUCACCAGUGAAUGGACACUGGAAGGAGGUGCUCUCGUGCUGGCUGAUCGCGGCACCUGUCUGAUUGACGAGUUCGACAAGAUGAACGACCAGGACAGAACAUCCAUUCACGAAGCCAUGGAGCAACAGACUAUCUCCAUCUCUAAGGCCGGUAUUGUGACAACGCUUCAGGCUCGUUGUGCCGUUGUGUCCGCCGCCAAUCCCAAGGGUGGUCGUUACAACAGUUCCAUCCCAUUCUCAGAGAAUGUCGAUCUGACAGACCCUAUUUUGUCUCGUUUCGAUAUCCUCUGUGUGGUUCGCGACCUGGUUGACCCCGCCGAGGACGAGCGUCUCGCCAACUUCGUGAUUGAAUCACACCACCGCGCUAACCCUGCCCGUCCUCUCCGGAACGAGCACGGAGAAAUGGUCGAUGCCGAUGGCCACCGCGUCGAUAACGAAGGAUACCGUAUCGACAACAGUGGCCAGCGCCUCCCUCCUACCCAGGAAGAGGUGGCUCGACGCGAGGCAGAGACCCAAAGAGCCGAGGAGGAGAAGGAGGGAGAGAUUCCCCAGGAGCUUUUGCGGAAGUACAUCAUGUAUGCCCGCGAGCGUUGCCACCCGAAGCUUUACCAAAUCGACCAGGACAAGGUCGCCCGUCUUUUUGCAGACAUGCGUCGCGAGUCUCUUGCCACUGGCGCAUACCCCAUUACAGUCCGUCACCUCGAAGCCAUCAUGCGUAUUGCCGAAUCGUUCUGCAAGAUGCGUUUGUCCGAGUACUGUUCCGCUCAGGAUAUCGACCGCGCCAUUGCUGUCACUGUGGACUCCUUCAUUGGCAGCCAGAAGGUCAGCUGCAAGAAGGCCCUCUCGCGUGCCUUCGCCAAGUACACCCUUUCCAGACCCAAGCCGCAGUCGAAGCGUCGCGCCGGCAUCCCCAUCUCAAAUCCUCACAUGCCGCGCGCUCCUCCUACUGCAUACUAA